UUCCAUCAUCCCCUCAAAACUCGGAAAUUUUCAGGGCAGAGAAAGGAGAAAAAUCUCUUCCUCUGUCUUCUUCUUCUUCUUCCUCUUCCUCUUUGCUUUUGAUCUUCGUUUCUCUUUCUGUCUAUCUUCUCUCUCUCUUUGAUUUCAAGAAGAGAGAGAGGUCGGAUUUCAAAGAAAGGAUAGAGAGAGAGAGAGAGGGAGAUUUGGGGAGGUUUUAUAUGAAUGGAAUUGGAUAGCAUUGAAUGCGUAUCCUCGUCGGAUGGGAUCGACGAGGAAGAGUUGCAUUACCAUCAGAUCUCAAAGGUCCACAGCAACGGCAGCAGCAACACCAACAGUAGCGUCUCGUCGGCGAUUUCUCCGGCUACCAGCGUACAUGAGCUCCUCGAAUGCCCCGUUUGCACCAAUUCCAUGUACCCGCCAAUCCACCAGUGCCACAACGGGCACACUCUGUGUUCUACCUGUAAAUCAAGGGUACAUAACAGGUGCCCCACUUGCAGACAGGAGCUUGGAGACAUAAGGUGUUUAGCAUUGGAAAAGGUGGCCGAGUCGCUUGAACUGCCAUGCAAGUACUGCUCAUUAGGCUGCCCAGAGAUCUUCCCGUACUACAGCAAGCUCAAACACGAACUUCAGUGUAACUUCAGACCAUACAACUGCCCGUAUGCAGGAUCUGAAUGCUCUGUCGUUGGAGAUAUUCCUUUUCUUGUUGCACAUCUGAGGGAUGACCACAAAGUAGACAUGCACACAGGAUGCACAUUCAAUCAUCGUUACGUCAAGUCUAAUCCCCGUGAGGUUGAAAAUGCCACCUGGAUGCUAACGGUCUUCAACUGUUUUGGGCAGUACUUCUGCUUGCACUUUGAAGCCUUCCAGCUUGGGAUGGCUCCUGUCUACAUGGCAUUCCUCCGCUUCAUGGGCGAUGAAACUGAGGCUAGGAACUUCAGCUACAGCCUUGAGGUUGGGGCCAACAGCAGGAAGCUCAUAUGGGAAGGCACCCCUCGGAGCAUCCGCGACAGCCACAGGAAAGUCCGCGACAGCCACGACGGUCUCAUCAUCCAGAGGAACAUGGCCCUCUUCUUCUCGGGCGGCGACAGGAAGGAGCUGAAGCUGCGGGUGACGGGUCGGAUAUGGAAGGAGCAACAGAACCCAGAUGCUGGAGUAUGCAUACCCAACCUGUGCAACUGAAGAGCAGGGGCAUGGGGCCAUGCGUGCGUGUUGGUUCAUGUUUGUGUAUGUGUUGUAUGUGUGUAGCUUUUCGGUAUCAGCCAUGACACGCUUGUGAUGUUAAUUAUGGAUUAGAGAUGCUGGGACUUGGGGAGUGUUGGAAACAUAUGGAUACUGAGGUCUUUCUUCUUCUAUUAAUUGGGUAAUAAGCUUCCCUUUUUUUC